CGGCCGAAAAGUAAAAUGGUUCCAAUGAAAAGCAGCAGGAGACACGGGAUCGUAACACUGGAGCUGAAGGAUAAGCCAUGGACUCUGCAUACAUCCUACCACACCUGGAUGUCCACCAUGUUCCCUGCUAACCUUCUGCUCCUCAUGGUCCUGCUGCUACCUCAGUCCUCAUCUGGUCGCCAGAGUGGAGACUCUAGCAAGAUCGACCAUGGCAGGGCUUCUCCCCAGCCUUCAUCCUUGCCACUCCCAGCAGUUCUAGACCCAAGUCUGGCACAGACUAUUCAGAAUCUUCUCCUGAGCCGGCUGGGCCUACAGUCACAGCCUGAUCCUCGCCCCGGAGUUCAAGUGCCCCGGUACCUUCUGGAUCUUUACCAGUUCCACCAACAGCAGUAUCAUCUAGUAGAGGAUCUUUCAUUUCGCUUCCCUAGUCAGCACAUACAGGAAGCCAACACCGUACGCAGCUUUCACCACACUGAACCACCUGGAAACCAUCCCACACCAGAAGAUAGCCAGAAGGUGCACAUCUUCUUCAAUAUAUCCUCAAUACCCCAGGAUGAGAAAGUGCUUUCUGCUGAACUCCGGCUCCUCCACAAUACCAGGGCUUCUCUAGACCCUGGACCACACAGACUAAACCUGUACCUAUUUGAGAAUGAUGAGGACCCUGAACCAGUUCUGUUAGAGACAAGAUUACUCACCAGUGGCUUCCUCAGUAAUAAUAAGGAAAAUGGUUUCUGGGAAGCUUUUAGUCUAAAUUCAGAACUCCUCCAAAAGGCUCUUAAUGGGGCAGGCAGCCUCAACUUCCUCCUGGAGGUCAACGCGGACAAUAGUACCACCUCAUAUCAAGACCUCUCCUCUGAUUCAUACAAGAAGGAGGGUGUAAAACAUAAAGACGGACACCUGAGGGUACGCAGAUCUGUGGGACAGGAUGAACACAGCUGGGCCCAGGAGAGGCCUCUCUUAGUGACUUACAGCCAUGAUGGGCAUGGAGAGCCUUUAAUUAAACAUGGUAGGAGGACCCCUAGUAAGGGUCAGAGAAUUCGAGGAAGAAAUGGCACCAAAGACAGAUCCAGGAGCAGCAGCAGCAAGGGCCGAAAUAGAGUACAAGCCUCUGGGAGGGCAAAAAAAACAGAGUACAUGGGUCUAAACUGGGGUGGCAAUAAGAGAGGAGUGGGUUGGAGUGAAAGAGGAAGAGUUAAAAGAAAUGGAGGUCGCGUUGCAAAACUGAAACGCCUUUCCCGUGCCCGAUGUCGCCGCCACCCUCUGUAUGUAGAUUUUAAUGAUGUAGGCUGGCAUAAAUGGAUCAUUGCACCUAGUGGCUAUGAUGCUUUCUUCUGCCUUGGAGAAUGCCGCUUUCCUCUGGCUGACCAUAUGAACUCUUCUAGCCAUGCCAUGGUGCAAACUCUAGUAAACUCUGUGAACGGGGCAGUGCCCAGAGCCUGCUGUGUGCCCACCUCCCUCAGCCCCAUUGCCCUGCUCUAUCUGGACCCUCAAGACCGAGUGGUGCUCAAGAAUUACCAGGACAUGGUAGUGGAGGGUUGUGGUUGUCGGUAGUGUGCCGGAGAGGGCACCCAUAGAAAUCCAGAAGGGCCAAUGGAUCACAGAGAAAAAAGCGGGAUCAUAAAAGGCAAAUGACGGGAAGAAAAGACUAUAGACCCGAGCUAACUGCGAACAGACCGAUAGAGACAAAUGUAGCAUGAUAGGAGGGUGAAGACUUGGAAAUGAAUAUAGCAGCUAAAUUGUCAUGAUUAUGGUGAACAUGAGGGAAAUACAGGAAGCAUAAUCUGCCCACCAUAUGAGAAAAUAUAAGGUGGAGAAAGUGUCAAGCAUCAACACAGUGAAACUGCCAGAAAUUAUUUAAAAGACACAAUACUAAUUAUUCUCUUUAAUUCAUUUAUGAAAAUCUACACUAUUAACUAACACGCUAUGUGCUCUCUCCUGAGACACCUGGUGCUUGAAAUUCAAACGUUGACUAUAUAUUUAAGUGUUUGAACUCAUCUCAUUGUCACAUGAAGGUCUGAUGGGUGGAUGCAUAACCCAUGUUUGACCAAAGUCGAUGGUUGAGAGUAGGAUGUCAUCAGCAUACAGUUUGAGCUUUUGUACUCUUACCAUGCAUGUAAAAUGUAAGCAGAGGCUAGAAAAUUGUAUGAAGAGUUAAUUAACAAAAACCCAAGAAUGUUAUUGUUUUAAAAAAGGACAAACAGAAAAAAUCUCCUCUUGCUCACGGGAUAAAUUCACUUUUAUACAGCCCUAGCCAUAUUAAAAUGUUGUUAUCAAUCAUGAUUCUGAAUGCUCGACAUCUUUGAUGAUUCCUUUAUUUCUGAGAAGUUCUUCUUUCUGGGAGUCCAUCGGACACACAAAAUAUCAACAAAUUAAAACAACCUUAGAAGCAUCAGUAUGUUAGUGGUUCAACUACAUCCGAAGAAAUUUGACAAAGUUGGCAUUUAGUUUUUUGUUAUUUGUUUUUUGUUUUUUUAAUGAGCAGUUUAUAUCAACCCUGCAUUGGUCUUUAGAAGUUAGCUAUGAUCAGUUAGUUUACUGCAAAUGUCACACACAGUGAACAGUUCCACUAGAAAUGUAGUAAUAUCGCUGGCAGUAUAUGUUGCAAGUAAUCAUAAAAUACAAAAACAGGUUAAUAACUACACUAUGCAAUUUUAAAGUUCAUUAAAACAGUUUGAAUGUGACUGUAAUUGCCCAUUUAUAUCUGUGCAUUUUCUUUUCAAUAGUUUUUAAAAACAGGAAUUCUCUCCUAAAAUGCAAUGUCAAAGGUGAGCACUAACAAACCUGAUUACUCAGUGUUUUAAUAUGACUAAAGUUACCAAAAAUGUAUUUGUCUUUUAAAUUAUUUUAAAGGUUAAUCCCUUUGAUUUAUUUAAUUUUUACAAUAAAAAAUAACUUUCUUUCACCUCUGUAAUUUUGUUCCAUCAUAUUCAAAUAAAGAAUUCACAAUCUUAUAUUGCCAGUAUGAUAACAAUUAAACAUUUGUGGAAGUAAUUUGAAUUUUGAACCACACAGGUAAACCAAGACCUCAUGACACAUUUUGAAACUCAGUUUCCCAGCAUACCAUUCAGGAGUCAAAGGGCACUGCUGCUCAACAUAUGGUAGUGUCAGAUUCAUGGAGAAGUUAAGUUGUGACCAAAGCUGCCAAAAGUGAUGUAAAAUGGAAACAGAAAGAUGGCAACAGACACAACUAAUAAAAAUAGGCCACCAGAGAUCCCACUGGGAAGAACUCAAAAUAAAAUUGACAUAUUUCACUUGAAGGUUUUGGUGGAUAUCUGCUGGACAGGUAAGGCAAAACUCACAAAGAUCUGCUGUCAGUUGUCAGUAACAAUGUUUGUUAUAGGUUUUUACUUUGUUUACCAAAAUAUAUUUACCACAGAAUACCCAAAAAGUAAAAAAUAAAUAAAUAAAAUAAAAAAAUAGCUGUAAUUUUGUGAUAUAUCACAGAAAUAAAGGUAUUUCAUAACUACGAUAUUUCAACAGGAAGUACAUUUUGUCAAAUUUGUGGAAAAUUCAAAGAGAUUACAACUUUUAGAAUUUCUGUCAUGAUUUACAAGACUUCACACUUUUUUCCCCUUUUUGAGGGUGGAAAUUAUCUCUAAUUUGUGUUAUGUGAGUAAUAUGACAAUGGCACCACUAUGGCAACAAACUAUGUGAUAAUGUUGGGAUUUUUUUUUUUUCAGUAUUUGAUAUAAAGGUAAUGUUUAAAUGAACAUAUGAGGUUAUUGAAAUGACAGAUUGUCCCUGACAAGCACCUCUACAACCCCAGCUAUUUAAAACAUUGAUGCUAAUGCUGAGGAGCUAUUACGCUAUUGUUUGAAUGUACUACUAUUACUAUUAUUUAAAGAACAUUAAACAACAAGAUUUUUGUACAUUUCGUUUUGCCGACGUGAAGAAAAUCCAUGUCAGUGUUGUCUUGUGAUUUUAUUUGCAUUGAAUGGUGAUUCUAACUUAAAUGAUACAUUAUGUAUUUAAACAGCAGCAAUAUGGUGUACUUAAUCUUGGAAAUAUUUAAGAUAUGCACUCGACACAACAUACAGCAAAGUGAAAGCCUGUCUUCCAAGUAAGUUAUGAUAGCUUUAAAUCUGUACAUAUGUUUCAUGUAUUAACUUGACAGUCAGUGUUACUUCAACAACCUACCUAAUUAUCAAAAAUAACACGAUAGCAGCGUAAACUGGUAUUGCCUUCAUAAGCUAAUAAAUGGAAGCACGAUGUAUUGUAGCUACUGAAGUGUGUAACAUCAGGCGUGUUUGCUAGCUGUCUUUGCUAGCUGCCUUUGCAUGUAAAAAAAAAAAAAAAUUUUUAAAGCUUUUAAAAGUGGGACUUCAGUGCCUUUUUCACAGGGGCUGUGCAAGUGUUUUCAGCUUAGUCGUUUCUCAGUGUUGCAUUUUCUCUCUGAAUGGAAACAUUUAAGCAACUGCUUGUAAAAUGUUUGACAUUAUACCUGUAAUAAACUGAGCAAACA